AUGGAGAAGAAAUGGCUAUUCCCUCUUGUCAUAAGCUCUGUCAUAUGCAUAUUCCUUCUAGCCACUUCCUUGAACUUGGGUCUUGUCUCUUCACGACAUGCAAUCAAUUCAAUCUUCUCAUUUUUCCCAUAUCGGGUAGUAGCAAACCAAAGUAGUCUAGCUUUUGCUGAGAAUAUAGUUUCACAAGGUCCACCCCCUCCUUCAGUACCAGCAAUUCCUCGUUUUGCCUAUCUAAUUUCUGGGUCGAAAGGGGAUUUGGAAAAGCUUUGGAGAACUCUUCAAGCACUGUACCAUCCGCUGAAUCAGUAUGUUCUUCAUUUAGACCUUGAGUCACCAGUAGCAGAAAGAUUGGAGCUUGCUUCACGAGUAGACAAUGAGACGAUGUUUAAUACAGUUGGGAAUGUGUUUGUGAUUAAGAAAGCUAAUAUGGUAACUUACAGAGGACCGACCAUGGUUGCUAAUACUCUUCAUGCCUGCGCAAUUCUUCUCAGGAGGAGUAAGGAUUGGGAUUGGUUUAUCAACCUUAGCGCCUCAGAUUAUCCUCUUGUUACUCAAGAUGAUCUUUUUCACACCUUUUCACCUUUAAAUCGAAAUCUCAAUUUCAUUGAGCAUACAAGCCAACUUGGUUGGAAGGAGGAAAAACGAGCAAUGCCUUUAAUUCUAGAUCCUGGUCUCUACUCAUCAAAAAAACAAGAUGUAUUUUGGGUUACGCCCCGCCGAACAUUACCUACUUCAUUUAAAUUGUUUACUGGUUCAGCAUGGAUGGUCUUGUCACGGUGGUUUGUAGAGUACUGCGUUUGGGGUUGGGACAAUCUACCGAGGACCCUUCUCAUGUACUACGCAAACUUUGUUUCUUCGCCUGAAGGCUACUUUCACACUGUCAUAUGCAAUGAGCCAGAGUUUGCUAAAACUGCAGUCAACCAUGAUUUGCACUAUAUUUCUUGGGAUGUUCCUCCAAAACAGCAUCCUCAUACCCUCAACAUUAAUGACACAAACAAGAUGAUUGCAAGUGCUGCUGCCUUUGCUCGGAAAUUCAAACGCGAUGACCCUGCCCUAGACAAGAUCGAUAAGGAUUUACUUCGUCGAAGAAAAGGGAGCUUCACUCCUGGUGGUUGGUGUGCUGGCAAACCCAAAUGCUCCAGGGUUGGGAACCCAAACAAGAUCAAACCAGGUCCAGGGGCCGAAAGGCUUCGCCGCCUUGUGGGUAGGCUUACUUUGACAGCUAAGUUUGGUCAAAACCAAUGUAAAUAG